UGGGCGGUGGGACGACGUCGGCGAGAAUCGCGACUCACGCGCCACCUCAGCACUAUAGGCAUCCAGCAUAACCCAAAACAACAUGACAGAAGCCCUCCGCACCGUCACCUCGGCUCUGACGACCACGCUCACGACCCUCCUCGCGCCAAUCUGGGCCGACACAACCACCCACACCAUUACCGACAGGCGCGCAGGCAGCGGUCUCGACCUGUGGCUACAUUCCGACGCGCCGCGCUUCUACACCCACGCCAUCAACGAACGCCAGUUUGUCUGCCGCCGUCUCGAGGCACAUUGCGUCUGCUGCACCACCGACGGUGAAGCAGGAGAGGACAAGGAGCUGUGCUGUGUCGGCCCGGGACACUGCGCGCCCGAUCUUGCAGGCGACUGUGCGGUCGUCGGCCGCGCCACGAGGCCAGCCGGUGACCCCGAACCUGGCAGCGCCAAGGAGCGCACAUAGCCUGCACGUGCGGCCUCCCAGACGAGCACGUGCCUGCGGGCCGAAGACUGUAGAAUCUGUUGUAAUAUGCACAUUGUUCCGCAUGGUGA